GUCGCCCGCUGGAGCUUCUGCCGAGGGAUGAGGUGGGAGGCGCUAGAAACCACUUAACUACAGCCAACCGCCCAAUGCAGCACUCGCUCUCUCCCCCCGCCAGCGGAAGCGCCCGCGGAGCACAAUGCAGCACUGAGGCAGCGCGGCGGUGGAGGCUGCAGCGCCACGGCCACCGCAGCACCGGCCGGGACUGGGAGGGGGCGACCCAGGCGAACCGGGGGGCGCUGGGCCAGGGAGCCGGACCGGCUGGCCGGGCAUGAAGAGCUGAGCGUCUCCAACGAGGCGGACUGACCGCAGCACCAUGCGGGCAGCGGCUGCGUCCGUGCCCUUGUUGCUGCUCUGCGUACUGGGGACCUGCCCCCCGGCGCGCUGCGGCCGGGCAGGAGACGCCUCGUUGACGGAGCCGGAGAGGAGGUACGAAAACCGCUUCCUGGAGCGCCAGAGCAUCGUGCCACUCCGGCUCAUCUACCGCUCUGGCGGCGAAGACGAAACUGGGCACGACGUGCUGACCACACGGGUGCGGGGCGACCCCGGCGCUCAGUUGACUCAUGUUGACCAGGCCAGCUUCCAGCUUGAUGCCUUUGGAACAUCAUUUAUUCUCGAUGUCGUGCUAAACCAUGAUUUGCUGUCCUCCGGAUACAUAGAGAGGCACAUUGAACAUGGAGGGAAGACUGUGGAAGUUAAAGGAGGAGAACACUGUUACUACCAGGGCCACAUCCGAGGAAACCCUGCCUCGUUUGUUGCAUUGUCAACAUGCCACGGACUUCAUGGGAUGUUCUAUGAUGGGAACCACACCUAUCUCAUUGAGCCAGAAGAAAACAACACCUCCCACGCGGAUUUCCGUUUUCAUUCGGUUUACAAAUCCAGACUCUUUGAAUUUCCUUUGGAUGAUCUUCCAGCUGAAUUCCAACAAGUAAGCAUCACUCCACCAAAAUUUAUUUUGAAGCCAGGACCAAAAAGGACUAAACGGCAGCUCCGGCGACGUCCUCGAAAUGUAGAGGAGGAAACCAAAUACAUUGAACUGAUGAUUGUGAACGAUCAUCUCAUGUUUAAAAAACAUCGGCUUUCAGUUGUACAUACCAACACGUAUGCGAAAUCUGUGGUGAACAUGGCAGAUUUAAUAUACAAAGACCAACUUAAGACGAGGAUAGUGUUGGUUGCCAUGGAAACCUGGGCAGCUGACAACAAGUUUGCCAUAUCUGAAAAUCCACUGAUCACCCUGCGUGAGUUUAUGAAAUACAGAAGGGAUUUCAUCAAAGAGAAAAGUGAUGCAGUUCACCUUUUUUCGGGAAGUCAAUUUGAGAGUAGCCGGAGCGGGGCAGCUUAUAUUGGUGGGAUUUGCUCGUUGCUGAAAGGAGGAGGCGUGAAUGAAUUUGGAAAAACUGAUUUAAUGGCAGUUACUCUUGCCCAGUCAUUAGCCCAUAAUAUUGGUAUUAUCUCAGACAAAAGAAAGUUAGCAAGUGGCGAGUGUAGAUGUGAGGACACAUGGUCUGGAUGCAUAAUGGGAGACACUGGCUAUUACCUUCCUAAGAAGUUCACCCAGUGUAACAUUGAAGAGUACCACGACUUCUUGAAUAGUGGUGGUGGUGCCUGUCUUUUCAACAAACCUUCUAAGCUUCUGGAUCCUCCUGAGUGUGGUAAUGGCUUCAUUGAAACUGGAGAGGAGUGUGACUGUGGGACCCCGACAGAAUGUGUCCUUGAAGGAGCAGAGUGUUGUAAGAAAUGCACCUUAACUCAAGACUCUCAAUGCAGUGAUGGUCUUUGUUGUAAGAAGUGCAAGUUUCAGCCUCUGGGGACUGUGUGCCGAGAAGCAGUAAAUGACUGUGAUAUUCGUGAGACAUGCUCAGGAAAUUCAAGCCAGUGUGCCCCAAAUAUUCAUAAAAUGGAUGGAUAUUCAUGUGAUGGUGUUCAGGGAAUUUGCUUUGGAGGAAGAUGCAAAACCAGGGAUAGACAAUGCAAGUACAUCUGGGGACAAAAGGUGAUGGCAUCAGACAAAUACUGCUACGAGAAACUAAAUAUCGAAGGCACAGAGAAGGGUAACUGUGGGAAAGACAAAGACACCUGGAUACAGUGCAACAAACGGGAUGUGCUUUGUGGUUACCUCCUGUGUACCAAUAUCGGUAAUAUCCCAAGGCUCGGAGAACUUGAUGGUGAAAUCACAUCUACUUUAGUUGUGCAGCAGGGAAGAACAUUAAACUGCAGUGGUGGGCAUGUUAAGCUUGAAGAAGAUGUAGAUCUUGGCUAUGUGGAAGAUGGGACACCUUGUGGUCCCCAAAUGAUGUGCUUAGAACACAGGUGUCUUCCUGUGGCUUCCUUCAACUUUAGUACUUGCUUAAGCAAUAAAGAAGGUGCUGUUUGUUCAGGAAAUGGAGUGUGCAGCAAUGAGCUGAAGUGUGCGUGCAACCGACACUGGACUGGUGCUGACUGCAGCACCUACUUCCCUCACGAUGACGAGGCAAAGACCGGCACGACUCUGUCUGGCAGCGGUGUUGCUGGCACCAACAUCAUAAUAGGCAUAAUUGCCGGCACCAUUUUGGUGCUGGCCCUCAUAUUAGGAAUAAUCGCAUGGGGUUAUAAAAACUACCGAGAACAGAGACAGUUGCCCCAGGGAGAUUAUGUAAAAAAGCCUGGAGAUGGCGACUCUUUUUAUAGCGACAUCCCUCCUGGAGUCAGCACAAACUCAGCAUCUAGUUCUAAGAAGAGGUCUGCUUUUCUGUCGCAUUUUCAGAUUUCUACCUGUUCCAUCACACAUUAUUCCAUUAGUCAGAACAUUUCAUUAUUUUGCAGCAGGUCAAAUGGGCUCUCUCAUUCUUGGAGUGAAAGGAUUCCAGACACAAAACAUAUUUCAGACAUCUGUGAAAAUGGGCGACCUCGAAGUAACUCUUGGCAAGGUAACCUGGGAGGCAACAGAAAGAAAAUCAGAGGCAAAAGAUUUAGACCUCGGUCUAAUUCAACUGAGAGGGAGCCCCAAGCACCUGAGCCUGGGCACUCCCUCGCCCAGACAGUCCCAUCCCAAGGCAUAAGCCCAGGGGGCUCUGACAGCCCCCAGACAGGGAGUCUGGAUCACAGGUAUUUAAACCCAUGGUUCAAAAGAGACUAUAAUGUAGCUAAGUGGGUAGAAGAUGUGAAUAAAAACACUGAAGGACCAUACUUUAGCUCCCAAGAUGGCCAACGUCAGGAAGACAGGACUUUAUCUCCUGCCAAGUCUCCUUCUUCAUCAACUGGGUCUAUUGCCUCCAGCAGAAAAUACCCCUACCCCAUGCCUCCACUUCCUGAUGAGGAGAAGAAAGUGAACCGACAGAGUGCCAGGCUAUGGGAGACAUCCAUUUAAGACCAACUGUUUACAUGUGACACAUCGAAACUGUUUACUUCAACUUUUAUAUGUAGAAACCCAGCCUCAUGGAGUGACUGCAAAUCUAUCUGCUCUUCAGACAAUACGAACACCCUCUGAGAUGCCACACGCGAGGAGAAGCCCAGUCUCACAUCUGGAUACCAUUUUCUUUCUGUCAUUGGCUUAAGAUUUAACUGAACCCUGAAAAGAGCUACUGAACUGUUACACUAUCCUAUGGCACAGUAAAGGUAUCGGUAUGUUAAUGGAUAAUUCGCAUGACAGAUAUAUGUAGAAAUAUCACUAAAAUUAAGUCACAUGACCCAAAUGUAGCAAGUUUUCUAAGGGACAAUAGUGGAUUCAGAACUUGACAUUCUGAAGCACAUCCUCAUUGUAGACAGUAAUGCUAUGUGCAUGAAGCUUCUGUUUAUUGUUUUCCACGUUUACGGAGACAACAUCCCGCGACAGACACUAGCAUGCAGGGCUAAGGCAUAUAGGAUUCUCCUGCAGGACUUUACAGCUUUGAGAGGCCAAUAUUCCAUAUGCUAAAUUUAAACAUGUAUUUUUUAUUUCUGCUUUUUUUUUACUUUUCAUAUUUAUAUCAGCAUACAAGGACAAUUGUACAUAUGUAAACAUUUUUAAAAUAAAAAAAGCAGCUGUUACUUACAGUGUAUUUUGCCAAAUGCCUAAAAACAAUCAGUCACAGUCACAGUCAUGUCACUGUUGUCCACCAGAUGGUCUUUGAAGAGCGUGAGCAGCUGAUGUUGUGAAUUUGGUAGUCAGUGCUGUAAACAUGUCUCCAUAAUUGGCAUUUGUCCAAAACGUGUGACAUCCCUUUAUACUGUGCACAGUCCGGUGGCAAUUUUAUUGAGCAAUUAAUUGACCAGGAGAUCACAUGCCCAGCAAACAUGUGGCCCCCGCAGGGUGUGGGGGCAGGAGUCCAGUGGUGCUGCCGUCCACCUGCAGGCCCUCCACCGCCCACAGCUGCUCCUGGGAGUCCUCCAGCCUGUCCACUUGGCUUCUGGGGCUACAGUGGCUACCUCUGCAGCCGUUAUUUUCAGCACAAGAGCACAUCUGCUGGUCUCACUCGGGAGGCUGUGAGUCCCACAGCAGUCACUCCCACUGAGAUUAAGCAAGUUCAUCCAGAAUAGAUGAGACCACAGGCUGUGGAUGCAUUAGUGGCUCCCAAUUUGCCAAUACUGUAACCCUUUGUGGCCUAAAGUUUUGGUCUUUAACAAAACUGGUAGCCACCCUUAUCUGUGAAGUGAAUGACUGAUUUCAAUAGAAACAACUUUCACACUGUUCACCAAGGAUAUUUAUCCUUAGUGGAUGCUUGAGUCCCAACCGGUCAUUCUGCACUGACUUGGAAGCGAGAUGAGGGAAGGUUCCACCAGCUGGGGGGGGAAGCCUCAACAGGCCACAGAGGGUUAAAAGAAAUCUAAAGCCGCAAGUGUGCAGCCACUGCGAAGUCACCCAAACAGCUGGCUGGGAGAGACGUUUUGAGCUCCAAAUUUUUUUAAUCCAUAGAAAACUCAGAAAUCUCUGUGAAAGCCCCUUCUUCAAAACCCGAGUUUGAUGGCCAUCACGGUGCAGCUCUGUCAUUCUGAAAGAAAACUUUCCUAAGGAGACUCCCUGGGUGAGCUCAGAAAUUGGUGGGAUCCACCAGAUGCUUGGAUGUGAAGAGGACUUCUGAGUUUCUUCGUUUCCUCUCCUUCUUCUUGAGAGGAAUGGGAUCCGCAGACAAGGUUGCAGAACUCUCUCCAACCAAUUCAUGGACAAAGUGCAUUUCAUUCUUACAUGUAAUCUCCCGGGAUGGCCAGGCUCACCGUGUUUCUGUCUCCCAGUGCAUCAUCUCUCUUCUGAAAGUCUUCGAAGAUGUGUGUACAUCAAUUUGAUCAGCCAGAUUAUUAAAGUAUAAACAGCAUUUUUAUGGCAAGAAGGGAUGUAACUCUUGAGACUACAAAAAUGAAACAAAACAAUACAAACGAUCCAUCUAACUAAGGUCUGGGUGAGUGCUGGUGACACGGCCACCUAGGGCAAGCCGAGGACAGGGGGGCAGAUGGGUGUAAAGGUACAGCAGGUAAAGUGGCUUUGACCAAGGUCACUGUAAUGUGUACUGAAUGUUUUCUGGUGUUGAGUGUAUAAAAUGCUAAUGCUAUAAGGUUUAUUUUGACUAUGAAAGAGUUUAUAGAUUUGAAUGUAAGGUACCUGGUGUAUAUAUGCUCCCUAGCUACAGUUACACCAACCCUAAUUUGAAAGAAUCCGCACGCAAAUGGAUAGCUACAUAAUCACAGAUCUCCCCCUUUUCUCACCUUCUCAGUUAUUUUACAUGAAAAUUAUUAUUUGAAGUGAAAUCAUUAUUAUGUACCUUUUGAGUGACGUAGUCAUCUUCCUUGUAAUAACUUUCAUAUGGAACUGAAAGUGUUUUAUUUGCAGAGAGAUUAUGAUUUUAUAGGAGCUUUAAUGUUGUAUUGUCAGUAUUUAAUGUAUCUAGGAAUGUUAAGCAUUCUUACAGCCACUUGCAAAAUUCAUUGGCAAGGUUAUCAUCUUAGUGGGUAAUUUCAAGAGGCAUGUGUUGGUGUUCCGGAUGUACUCAGUGUAAAUACCUAUGACUUUUCACCACGGAGGCAGGGAGAAGGGGCUCAUGACACCAAACAUAAGCACAACAUCACUGUUACUUUUCAGAAUAUCUACUCUGGAGAGGGACUUGGAGGCCACAUAGCCGUUUGUGUCAUGCCACUAAUGCUUAUGUCCCCCAGUCCACCGGAGGGACUGGCGUGCUGCACAGAGAAGAGCGGUGACCUGGCCUUCCUGUCCCAUUGUAUGCCUUUUUCCUCUCCUUCCAGAGUUUUGUGCGUGGGUGAGACUUUGGAUUGACAACCCCACUGCCCAAGAUAUUCCAUUCAACCCAUAGUCAUGGCAGUGUAGUACAAUUUAAUUUAAAGAAACACUUAAUAAUGAAACAUACUAUAACCCAGUGAGUUCUAUCCUAAGGACACAAAGCUGCUUAUGAAAAUGAGGUCUUCAUUUACCAUAUAACAGAUUAAAGGGGAAAAACCACGUGAUGAUAUACAUAGAUGAAGGAAAAAACCUAAAUAAAGGUAAAAAUCAGUAAGGAAACACAAACGAAACAUUUACAUCUCUCCUAAGAGUGACACCAGGGGAGGGGAGGGGGAACCAGGAGCCCUGUGGGAUCGGGGAUCACUGUAACUGAUCUCUGUGCACGGCCAAUCCCUCUAGACAGGAAGUGGCCCCCCCCCCACCCCCAGUCACCACCGUCUCCCAGCUCUGCCGGGUCCCCCAGCCCCAGGUUCUGCACUCUGUGGACCGGAACAAACCAGCAGUACAGCAUAACAAGGGCUUUCAGUUUGCUGCAGUUGCUGAAUUUUUUUUUAAGGAACUAUUUCUUUAAAAAGAAAGUUGACUAAGUAAAUGUAAGGUUAAAAUGACAAACGUAUUUUGAUACAGGUGCUUCUUAAGGGAUAAAAGCUUCUCUCUCACUUUCCCCUUGCUUUAAAAAGGAUUUUAAAAUAGGGUUUAUACAUAAGGUCAGUCCAGUAUAGAUUUCUGAACAUAAGAUUGAUAAGGUUUAUAAAAUAAGUUGCUGAAAAUACAGAAUUAGGUAUUUUGCACAUUUCCAUAGAAAGAAGCUACCUUUCCCUCACUCUCUCACUGAUUCCCUUGAAGAUUUGCAAAAUUUAAUCCUGUCCAUGGUCAAAUCUCUUGGGGCUACUUCUUAUCUUUGUAGAUUUUGUUUUUUAUACUUUUGUUAUCCAUAGUUCCCUAUGGGCCAGAGGAAAUACGGCAUUGCCAUUCACUUCUUUCACUGUUUCAAAAUCAGGUUUAUUCAUUUAUUUCAUCUAUUCUUCAUCUUUUGCUGUGAUAUAGUUCUAUUUUAACAUAUAUUUAGUGCUUUAAAUAUAUAUAUCCUUGUUUUGUUUAACAUAAUAAUAAAUCUUAACCUAAAGAGAAGACUAUUUUAUUUCACUUCAUAUGACUUGAAGGAGAGGGAAGUUUCUGGAAGGCUACCGAGAGGCGAGAGGCGUGCAGAGGAUACGGGAGAACGAAGCGCAGCACUGAGAGAAGCGGUGCCGGCGGGAGGGGCGAGGAGAUAGCUGGGCCAGGCCCGAGGAGGUAGGGCUCCCCCACGGGCUGCUGCUGGGGCCGCCCCGGGCAACGCACGUUCAUGCCGUCCUGCCGGCUGGUAAGUCGGCAGGAACUCUGUAUCAAACGCUCUGACUCCCAUUUGUGGCAUAAUGUCUACUUUUUAUCCUAGUCCUAAUGAUCUUCCUCCUUUCACUUUUAUGUUUUCCUCUAAAUCUGCCACCCACAUGCUUUUGUUCUUAAAUGGAGUCAAGAUGAAUUUCUCAUUCUCAUUAUUUAGUAGCUUAAAAUAUAUAAGCAGCACAUAUUUAUAUGGAAUAGAGCUUUACUCGGGGCUCAGAUUUUUUAUUUUUCCCCUCUGAAAUAUUUUCUGAAUUGGUAAGACUACUCUGAUUUUGGAUGCAACUUUUCUCUGGCUUGGGGUGAGCUAAGGACUUUGAUAAACAGCUCCCCUGAUUAUUGCACCAAGUAGCCAGCUUGCUCUUGUGAAAAUGGGCUGAAAGGCAGCAGCUUACCCUGCUGUGUGUGUGCGGGGGUGGGGGUGGGGGCGGGUGAGUGGAACAGCCACACCUGCUGGGAAAUGUUGGCGCAUGCUCAUAGCAUAUGCUCUGUGGUCAGGUGCUUUUAAUUGCCAGAGGAGCUUUUCCAUCACACCUACAGGUGCCGAACAAACAAAGAUCCAACAAGACUUUAGAUACUAGGGGAUAAUAUUUCUGGUCACAUUUUAUUUAUCAUUUUGUCAGAGCCCUAGAAUGGAGUAUCCUCUUGUUCGGCUUCCAAGUAGAAAAACAACAUUCAAAAACAAAUAAAAACCUGCUUAGUACUUUUCUCCCUUAUAUCCAGAGCCUGACAGUCAGCAUUCUUGCUGUGGGGUUUGAGAUUCUCCCAGACCCUUCCUACUUCCGAAGUCGCUCCCCCUUCAGUAGCUGUCAGCCCUUUCCUCCUGACUAGGAACUUUCACUGUCAUAGAGGUGAGUUUCCCUUUUUUUUUUUUUUUUUGGUGCCUGUGUUGGCCACUUGGGAGAACCACAGAAAUGCUGAACUGGGGGUAGAGGCACCUGUAGCCUUUUCCCCUGGGCACCUGGGCGUGGAUUGCACUGUUUCUGGAUGGAGGGGAGAUAAGCUGCACCAACAAGCUACAGACAGCCUUGGGCUCCUGGGGUGUUUAGUCCUGGCAGAGGAGCAGAACGUAGAGCCACACAGAGCUCCAAAGCUAACGGUGCAGGCAGGCACUUGGGGUGAGGCAGGGAGAGAGGUGCCAAGUGCCUGCAACUGAGCUGCAUGGUUUGCAGUUUUACUCAGUGUUGGCUUUACAAGUACUUCACGGUCCAGUCCAUGAUGAGCCAGUCACUGCUUCCUGUCGCAUCGGCACUGAGCCUGCAUCGUACCGGGAGGUGCUUCUAGGCUGGAAAGGUUUUACUCAAGAGCAUUGUCAUUUCAUGUUUGUAGGAAUCCUUGCAGUCAAAACCAGGGAAAAUGUGUUUCUUCUUUUUCUUUUUUAACAAAAAGGCAUACAAUGAGACUAGCAAUCUUGUUAAAAUAAUGCAUUUAAAAAAUAAAGUUUUCAGUUUAUGAAGAAAAGGACAUUUUCCUCUCAAACACAAACACCCCCGCCCCCAAAUACUAAUCUACAUUGACUAUAGGGCCUAGCCUAUUUGUAGUUUCAGAUGUGGGUUUGUUUUUAUGGUCAAGCUCUAAAAUAAUGAAAAUAGCCCCCAAAUCUUUAAACACAGAGGUGCUAAGUUAUACCAGGUAACAAUACAGAAAGUGCUGAUAUGAAUAUAUUUACUAACAAUCCAAGAGUUCUGCUAAAUUACAUGUAUCACUGCCUAAUUAGAAACCCUACUUUCUUUUCUAAUCCAGCACAAAAAUCAAACUGUGAUUCCACAGUCUUUUUAGUGGGUAAAAUGAUCCAAGACUUUUGUUUUAUAUGGAAGACUUACUUUUUACACUAGCUUCAAAAGUGCUUAAUGGUAGAGGUUUAUUCAGGAUAACUAAGCAUGCACUCCUUUCCUAACCUGCUGGGAGAGACUUGCCCCAAUAGCAUCCCCUACAGACAGACAACUUGUUAGAAACUGGACCUUCUCCCUAAACAUGGCAGUUUGUACGCUAGCCAGUGUAGGUCUGUGGCAGUGCUUUCCACAUCUGUCAUCUUCCAGGGGUGACGGCCCAUCCACAGAGUGGCAGUACUUUGUGGAGAAGUGUCCAUAGCAGCGUGGCCUCACUUUUGGUAACCGGGUCAUCAGCGUGCAUAUCUUAGAUCGGCUUUGUCUGCACAUUCUGUUCUCUCUGCCUCUCCGCACUUCAGGUUCUUCAGCUAUUUUAAAAAUAACUGGGUUUUGGCAAACACCAACUGAAAUGUGUAUGGCAACUGCUUUCGUGAGCAAGUGUGAUUUGUUUUAUGGCUGUUCAAGUUAUCAAGUUCUUAUAUUGUAGGUUAUCAAAAAUCUUGCUGUUUUUAAAGGUUACUGUAACUCGAGGUUCAAAUUUCUGGCACAAUUUUAUUAGUAUUCACUUCUGAAGCUCAUAAGAUACCAUGGUUUUCUAUGUUACUCUCCUUGUAACAUCAAUAAAGUGACUUUCAAUACAAGACCAGUGUUAUUUUGAUCCUAUUUUCCUCCCAGCCACUGCUUGUCUGUCAGCUUUGUGGGAACAAUGUUGGGGGUUUUCUUUUCUGUUCCACUGUCCAGGAGGGACCAUGAGCACUGUAAGAAAUACAGUGGUCCUGUGCUGAAGGCUGAAUGCUCGAUUUCUUGGACAAUUUCCUCAGCUGGGUGGCUGGCAGGGCCUCCUGCAUUUACCCACCUG